AUGAUUCUUCUUUUUCUUUUUAUCAACCUUUCUCUCGCCCUAAAUCGUAAAUAUCCCGACAAGAAAGAUGCCCGAGGUUCGACAAUAGAGAGUUUUUACCAAGACCCGCGAUAUGGCCUGGCCGGAAAUGGAAGCUGCAAUGAGAAGUUUGACCUGCAAUAUUUUGACUCCAAGGGAUUAAUUAUUUCGCGCAAUUAUGAGAAUGGAGCUUAUCCGAAUAACUCAGACUGUGAGUGGGAAAUAAGCAUAGCCGCUGGAAUGAUCAUCCAAUUCCAAGUGAUCGCCAUCGACAUCGAGCCAGGCCCACCCUCCUGCCCCUUCGACUACUUGGAACUCUUCGUCAAACCCCCAACUGGACCAAAAGCCGGCCAAUGGGUACCAUGGAAAGGUCCAGAAAAAGAACAGACGCGCUACUGCGGCACCUAUUUUCCCAAAGGUCUUCAAGCAAUUUCACAAAAGGGCUCUCACCUAAAGUUUCAUUUCGUUUCCGAUGAUUCGGACAACCGGCGCGGCUUCAUGAUACGAUUUGGAGCGUUUCAGCCGAAACAAUUGUCGUUUAUAAAUCGAGAAGAUCAAAAGGAUGAUUUCGCUUACAUUAUGAGGACUGAGAGGACCAAGAAAUUAUCGGCAAACUUUGAUCUUGGAAUGCCGACUUGGUUCGACCAAACCUGGCCAAGAGGAAAACAAGGAGCGCAACCGAUUCAGCUUGGUCGGCCUGAAACGAUGGGUUCUUUUGAAUACGUCUCUGGAGACUCGUACGACCCUGGCAUUCCGAGAAACGAUUCCGAGGGACUGAGCAAUGGCGGAUUCCUCAGAUUUCCAAGUAACAAAUUGAAAACAGGAGUGAUUGCUACGAAAUACAUGAAGAUCAAUACAGAGCAGCCAGAGCCAUACUGCUUCGAGAUGAAAAUGGCGCGAAACAAUCCUGAAAAUCUGACGCGGGAGGACUUCGGCGAAGUGAAAAUUUACACGGCCUUUACUCGAUUCGACAGAAAUUCGCGAUCUUUCCAAGGCGGUCAGCUAAAAGAAGUCCUGAGCAUUCCUGUCAAUGAAACAUUCGACGUCGACGGUAUCUUCCGCCCCGUCCAAACUGAAGUCAACCACCGAGAAGGCGAAUGGCUCCAAAUUUUCGUCGUCGCAGAAAGAGGCACACAAGAUCAGACAGAUGUUCUCAUUGAUGAAGUUAAUUUUUACAACUCACGGUGUCAUCCGAUGGAUUUCUCGAUGUGCGAUGGGACAGAAUUGGUAACGCCAAAAUGUGAACGAGGAGGCUGGAAAGAACCUACUGAUCCUCUUCAAUGUAUUCCUGAAUACUGUAUCUAUCCUACAAAAUUUCGAGCAUCAGAGUCCAAGGCUGUGAAUAUCACAACUUCGGAAGGAGUUGAAUCAUUCGAGUGCACCCGGAGUUUCAGUCCAGCCGACGAUCCUGAUUUGGCGACACUCGGGAGAGGAGAAAUUUGUGAUCUUCAGUGCUUGCCUGGUUAUCGAAGCAAAUUGCCAAAUCAAUCGUCGGAAAUCUUUUGCUCAGGAGUUGCUCCGCGCGAUGGAAGUCCUCUUUUUUGGCUGGCAGGAGUGAAACGAACGAAUGAGACGAUUCAUUACAGACAAUCUGUCCCAAAAGUUGAAGAUCUUUACGUCAAUGACGUUGUCAGACCGGACAUGGUUGGCUGUGAAAAAGUAACAGUAGAAUUGAUAGAAGACAAGAAAGAAUUUGAGAUCGAGCUGGAAAAGACCAUCGAUAAAAUCGUCCAAGAGACGGAAGAAGCAAAAGAAGUCAAAGAAGAAGUUCUCAAAGCUUUCGUCUCCGAAGACUCUCGAUUUACUACUCGAACAACGACAACUACAACGACAACGACCACAACUACCGUUUCUGUUUACCAAGGGCCAAAGUUCAAUGUUGCAGCUGCAGACGCUGGAAGUUCUGUUUCAUCGACAUCAACUUCAUCUGAUGGAUUGACAAGGACGGAUACGACAAAGUCAACCACGACUGAGGCAAAUCCUUUCGCGCAAUGGGAAAAAGAAGUAACCGAGGCUGAUAUCGAUGGCUUACUAGUGACACCAAAUCCAAGCGAAGAAUUCGAGACGACUCCGGAGCCAGAACCAGAGCCAGACAUUGAAGAUAGCGAAGAAGAGAAAAAGAAGAAGAAAGAUAAAAAGAAGGAUUCCCCCUCUUCUGCAGCUCGAAUUUUCAUUUCUUUGAUUGCCAUCUUAAUAUUUUUUGUAUAG